AUGCUUCCAAGCUUGGUAAUGCUGCUCACGCUCAUCUAUUGCACCUCUGGAGAAAAUCCUGCUAUGCAAGUCAUCCUGACCAACAAAGGACUUCAGUACGGAAAGCACGUGACUGCAGGAUGGAUUCAAGAGACGUUGGAACAUGCCACGCUGCCCGAUAUUAGUGGGAAAAUAAACUUUGCCUUCCUGGUCAACAUACACUACACCUUUUCAGGUGUCACAAUAAGAAAGUGUGACUUUCCAGAACCAUCUGUUGAAUUCUACCAAGACACCUCUGGUUUCAAGAUGUCCAUAACAGGUCUCAACGUUGCAUUUACAGGUGGCUGGGAGGCCCAUUGUUGGUUCAUACAUAGAGGUGGCUCUUUUGACAUGGCUUUGUUUGGAGUGGACCUGGUUUCCAUAGUGCAGCUGGGGAGGGACACUGACGGGCAUCUGUCUUUAACUAGCGUGAACUGCACCGCAGAAACGGGCAAUGUUGACUUACAUUUCUAUGGCGAAAGAAGCUGGGUUCUAAGACAUUUGGAGAGCCGAAUCAAGGACCGGAUUAAAGAUCAACUGCCAACCAUGAUAUGCUCUGCUCUGGAGGAAGUCAUUGCAAACCUGGAGAACUAUCUUAAGGACAUGAAAGUCAACUUCCCGCUGGAUGAAGACGUCACUCUGGAUUUGCCUCUAACUGGCCUGCCUCUUGUUGAGAUGACAAAUCUUCAACUUGGACUCAAGGGCGAAAUCUACAGUAUCAAAAGCCCAAAGGAGCCUCCAUUUCAGGCUCAACCUUUCACCGUACCGCAACAGCCAGGUUACAUGCUAUCUAUAGGUUUAUCUGACUUUACAGCCAACUCAGCUUCCUUCAGCUACUUCUCAUCUGAUUUACUGCAGGCCUUCAUCAAUGACAGCAUGAUACCCCCAUUUUUUCCCGUGCGCCUCAACACAACUUCCAUGGGCCCCUUUAUUCCGCAGCUCCCCGAGAUGUUUCCAGACUUGAUGAUGUUACUGCAGAUUUAUGCCACAGACAUUCCAAUGUUUUCCUUUCACUCCGGGGCUGUCAUGCUGAGCAUGCAGGGUGCGGUUAAGGCCUUUGCCAUCCAGCACACCAGACUGGCACCGCUAUUUAAACUCCAUGUGAACUCCAAUUUCAGUGGCAAAGCAUGGGUCGCCGAUGGACGGCUGAAGGGCUCGGUGACAAUGCAAAACUUCACUCUGAGUCUGAGAGCAAGUGAGAUUGGACCCUUUAAGAUUGAUGGUUUGAAAAACUUGGCUUUGGCGCUAAUGCAAAUAGUCGUUUUGCCACAACUGAAUGACAAACUUGCCACGGGCUUUGCUUUACCUCGAACACUACACGCACAGCUGGUGAACUCAGUUCUCACCGUGGAAGAGGGAUUUGUUGCUUUCUCUUCCGAUGCUGAGCUCAUGACCAGUGACACAAUAUUCAGCUGA